AUGUGGGAAUCAUUUCUGAAGACUCUCUCCACAGGUGGCGGCGACAACGCAGCAGACACUGCAGCAGCAGCAGCAGCAGCAGCAGCUCCUGAGUCUCCUGAGUCUGCUGCUGUCGAGCAUCAAGGUUCUGCGGGGCCUGACGCAGCAGCAGCAGAAGAAACAGCAGCAGCAGCAGCAGCAGGAAGAGAGCAGAGUAUUCGUCUACGUUCGUUGCUGCGCCUGCGGGAGUCCCUUCGCAGCAGCCGCUCCUCUGCUGCUGUAUCCAGAGUGCAGCAGCAGCAGCAGCAAUCAGACAUAUUCGAGGCAGCAGCAGCAGAAGCAGCAGAAGAUGCAGAAGCAGCAGCAGCAGAAGGAGAAGCAGCAGGGGUGACAGCUGAGGGGGAGGAUACAUCUCCGCACUUUCUGUCACCUGACGGAAGCUCACCUCGUGCAGCACAAGCAGCAGCAGCAGCAGCAGCUGCUGCUGCUGCUGCUGCACUAGGUUCAACUGUACACACAUCUAGAGGCACUGCUGUUGCUGCUUGUGGUCCAUCAGCCACCAAGCAAAGAAGCAGGGAUGCAGCAGCAGCAGGGUCAGACAAUAGUUCCCAAUGCAGCAGGAGCAGCAGAAGCAGCAGCAACAGCAGCAACAGCAGCAGCAGCAGCAGUUCGGGUGUUGACCACGAGGAGGAAAUUAUUACGAGGGCAAUGAAGACUCCCUUGAGGUCUCCUCAUCUAUUAAGUAGACGAUUCUCUGCCUUAGGGAGGACCUGCUCCUCUGCUGCACUGCAGCAGCAGCAGCAGCAGCAGCAGAAGCAGCAGCAGCAGCAGCAGCAGGAGCAACAGGAGCAGCAGAAAGAAGUGGAGGUUCAGCUGACAGAUGAUGCCCUGCUGCAGCAUGGCAGGGACUCUACUUCGUCAGCAGCAGAGGGAGCAGCAGUAGCAGGGGGAGCAGCAGUAGCAGGAGAUGCUGCUGCUGGACAGCAGCAGCAGCAGCAAGACGAUGAUGCCCUUGAUAAGCUGCUGCUGCUGCAGAGUAGCAACAGCGCAGAUACAGCAGCAGGGAAAUCUGCAGCAUCUGAUGACACAGCAGCAGCAGCAGAUGAUGAUGAUGAUGAUGACCGAGCAGCAGCAGCAGCAGCAGAGAGGACAAAAGAGAGUCUCCCUUUGCUGCCAUCAGCAGCAAAAGGAGAACCUGUUGAUCAUGUGCUGCUAGUUAUACAUGGCAUUGGCUGUGGGGCGCAGCACGAGGUGCAGCAGCAGCAGCAGCUAAGACACUCUAUUAGGUGCAACAAAUGCACUUCCUGCUGCUGA